AUGAGUGAGUUUCAGUCGACAAAUGGUUCUACUAUUGAGACUCCUGCAGCUCGGAAUGGAACAACAGAAGUAUCUGGAGAGACGAACAGCUCCCUCCAUGUUAUUGUAGUAUCAUUAGUACUUGGCUUGCUGAUUCUUGCUACUGUAAUUGGAAACCUAUUCGUAAUUGCCGCUAUAUUGCUAGAGAGACAUCUUAGGUCCAUCGGCAACUAUUUAGUGCUAUCAUUGGCUGUCGCUGACCUCAUGGUGGCUUGUCUGGUUAUGCCUCUCAGUGCUGUGUACGAGGUCACUCACGAGUGGGUUUUGGGUUCGGUUUUGUGCGAAGUGUGGACAUCUUGUGAUGUACUCUGCUGUACAGCCUCCAUUCUCCAUUUACUUGCUAUUGCCGUUGACAGAUACUGGGCUGUUACCCGAGUAGACUAUGUCCGCCAAAGGAGCUCGCACCGAAUAGGUCUGAUGAUAUUUCUAGUGUGGGGGGUGGCCGUUAUUGUAUCAGUAGCGCCUGUGCUGGGGUGGAAAGAUGCGGAUUUCCUGAAACGAGUACAAGAGGAGAGAAGGUGUCUUGUAAGUCAGGACUUGGCUUACCAAAUUUUUGCUACUUGCUCGAGUUUUUAUGUGCCUCUCAUAAUCAUUCUGUUUCUCUAUUGGAAGAUAUUUCAAGUAGCGAGGAAACGGAUUCGACAUAAACCAGGAGCCAAAGCGCUUCUUAUUGUUCGGAAAACAACAACCAGCACCACAGACCCCUCGGUUGUCCUAUCUGUUUCUGGGGGUGACGAAGAAAAUCCUAACGGUGUAAGCGCGACUCAUAGUGGGAUAAAUAGGCUUGUAGCUCUUGCGAAAAGAGACAAAAAUCGAAGUCGAGAAACGUUGGAGACGAGACGUGAGCGAAAAGCUGCCAAAACAUUGGCAAUCAUCACUGGCGUUUUUGUCAUCUGUUGGCUGCCAUUCUUCGUGAUGGCAAUUGUGAUGCCAAUGUGUAGUUCCUGUGAACCAGAUAAAAUAUUCUUCAGUUUUCUCUUGUGGUUAGGCUAUAUCAACUCCAUGUUGAAUCCGAUCAUUUACACCAUAUUCAGCCCUGAUUUUCGUGGUGCUUUCCGCCGGAUUCUUUGUGGAGAAGAUCUGUCACCGACUCCGAGGCUUACUUAA